AUGACACUAAAUCAGCCGAUAGACAGAUAUACGUUAAGUUUAGAACAGAAGAGCCCACAAACACCAUCACUUGAGCGACCUUUUCGAAUAAGAAAAUCACUCAGGGAAUUGAUGCAUAAACCAAAACACUAUAUACGCAACAGUUUAAGAAAUGCAUCAGUGAAACUACCACCAUUACCUGCUCAUGACCCUCAUGAGGAGGAAUUUGCCUACGAUGUGCUAUAUGAAUGUGAAAGAGGAUUAUUACAAUUUGAUCCUAAUCCAUGGUGUGAUGCAAAUAUGAGCUUUACACCCAUGGACAUUAAAAACUAUCAAUUGCCAGAUCCAACAUGGGAGUGGGUAGAGUGCCAUUAG